AUGAAUACACGACCAAGGAGAAACUCAACCCUCCUAAAAUCACAACAACAACUAUCUGGUGUUAGUCAAACAACAUCAGAGACAACAAUUGGUACUUCAUUGAACGAUCUAUUCAGAAAUCAAACCGUAAAGCAAAUUAAAGUCAUCAAGGAAAAAUCAGAUGAGGAAAUUACAAUUAAACAAAAUCAAUUGAGAAAUCUUGUCGGAGAAAGAUAUCGAGAUAUUAUUGAAGCAGCAGAUUGUAUGGAUUCUAUUCAACAAUUAUGUUUGGCAUCUACAAAUCAAUUUAUUGAAAUGACAAGACUAAUUGAUGAUUAUAAGAAUAAUACACAAGAAAGUAUUAUCUUGACAGGUGGUGAUUCAUCAUUGGAUGUUAAUUUGUUAUUGAAACAUUUUUCUCAAAUUGUGGAUUGGAUGUUGAAUUGUGUUAAUAGUGGAUUAUAUUUCUAUGCUGCUAUUUGUUUCUUGGCAUGUAAUAAUAUCUUGAAACAAUUAAAUAUGAAACAUUCACAUUCUAUUCAUGUGAAAAUUAGAGAAUUAAAUCAAUUGAAAGCUAAAUUAAUCAAAUCAUGUAAAAAUAUUAUAGCUAAUCAAACUAAUAAUUUGAGUUUCAUUCAAUGUGUAUGUGCACUAUUGGUUUGUGAUAAUUUGACUGAAAUAGAAUUGGAGAAUUUAAUUUUGAAAGAGAGGAGAAUAUUUAUGGAAAAGAUUAAAUAUAACACUCUUGAGGAAAAACUAAAUGCAAUAGAGUUAAUUUUUGAUAUAUUUUAUGAUACUGUAUUUGUGAUUAAUAAUUUAUUUAAAAAGUCAAAUGACAAAUUAUUUAUUAACAUAUUUUUAGAAAAAUUGAUUGAAUUUAAUUUUAUGAAUUCAAAUUUUAAAAUUACAACACUUAAAAAACAAGAAUAUCAUUUUGAUUUAUUACAAAAUAGUAAUAUAAUACCAAUUCUGUAUAAGGGAUCUUUUUCUAAAAUAUAUGAAAUGUACAUUAAAGAAGUAAAGCUUUCAAAUGAAUCACAACCUGAGAAAAUUAAGGAAUGGAUUAAAGAUUCUUUAAAGUUUAUGAACAGUUUUGUUACAAGAAUAAUUAAUGAAACUGAUAACAUUCAUGAUUUGAUAGAAAUUAAGAAAAAGGUAAAGGACAUGUCCUUCAGUGAUUCAUUAAAAGAUAUUCAAAACAGAUUCAAGAUUAUAUUGGAAUAUUGUUGCGGAUUUUCUAUUGAUUUUGACUCGGAAAGAACAGUUAAGAAGAUAUGGAAGGAAAAUGCAGCAAUUUUUUAUGAUAUGAAUUUAUCUUGGCACACUUUGAAUUUAGUUUGUAAACAACAAAAGUAUGAAAUUAUCAAGAAGAGAUUUAAAGAAUUAACAUUUGAUAUGUGUAUUUCUGAGAAUAUUUCAUUUUCAAAUAUUGGUGAAGAAAUAUGGAAGACUCCAAUGUUAGAUUCCAAUAUUUUGUUUGAUAGAUUCUUGUCAAAUCACAAAUCUUCAAGCAAGACAGAUAAUAUCUUUUUACAAUCUAUCACAAUAUAUGGUAGUACAAGAGAGGUGAGAAGAAAAAUAAGAAAGGAAGUUUUUGAAUCACAAAUUGUUCCAUUAUGCAAGGAAAUUUUCCUUCUCAUUCAAGAUUUACAAAACAAGGAAGAACAUGCUGAACUUGAAGAAUUGAUAAUGACACAAUAUUUCAAUUUCUAUAAUAGUGCCACUGAAAUUGUAAAGAAAUUCAUUCGUGAUCCUUCACAAUUUAAUAAGGAUACAAAUAAUAGCUUUUCAGAUAUGGACAUUAAGUUAUAUUGUGGUAGAAUAAUACAAUCUAUGAGAAAAUUGUUUACAGAUAUUUUCAUUGAAUUGAAUGUUAAAUUCUCAAUGUUCAGUAAUGAUGAAAGCUUUUUAACAAUUAUAAGAAAGCUUAGAGCUCAAAUAACAAAUCUCAAACAAAAGAAGAAAACAGAUACUUCUCCAUACUUGACGAAAUAUUUGGAAAUUGACCAAAUAUUCGAGUCACUUUACUUGGAAGCAUUCAAUGAAUGGAUAGAACAGCAAACUGAUAGUUUUGUAACUCAAGUUAAAUCAGAGUUAUUAAAUACUGAUCAAUGGAAGAAGGGUAGAAAGGAUACAUUUGUUAGUUACAAUGAGCUUAAUCUGCCUUUUAAGACUUCAUUCUCAAUUUACAAUGCAAUUUAUGAACUUUCUCUUGCCAUUUAUGCCGUUGGUGAUUUUAAUGUAGACAACAAUGUGAUUGAAAAAUUAUCAAACAAAAUCUGCACACGUGUAUUUGGUGAUUAUAAUGAAUGGAUUAAUUCUCUUAUUGAAAAAUCUAAAAAACAGGAAAAAUCCAACGAAUCAAAAGUUGAAGAAACUUCAGCAGAGGAAUCAACAGAAUCUCAACUAUCAUUGGAAGAGUUUAUUUGUGAGGAUGGAUUUUUACAAUUAUUGUUUGAUGUUAAAUAUUUAGGAUAUGCCUUAUUGGGAGGUAAUCAACAAGUUAUUGAAAAAUUGAACUUGAAAUCACAACUUGAACCUAAUGAACAACUCUAUGUCAAGGCAGUUUCCUUAAUUUUAUCAUUUAUUGAUCCAAUCAAUUGGGAAACCUAUGAAAAGUCAUUUAAUGCACUUGUAUUACAAUGUGUAAAUAGAAAUAAUCUUUUCACAUGUAAUUUAAAUAAGAAUUCAUCAAUUCAUGGAAGUGCCACAAACCUUGGUGGUGAAUCUCCACUCACGAACACAACAGAACAAGACAAUUUUGUCAAGUUAGUGAAACCAGAAACCAUCAAUAUCCCACUUUUACCAAUUCCAAAGAGAGAUUUAAAGAGCUAUACAUUGGCUGCUUCAUAUAAUCAUUUGGAAUUCACAGAGAAGGAUAUUCAACUCAAUCUCUCUACCAAAUCUAAUGGAACUCAUUCUUCAAAAACAUCCCUGAAUGACAGUACAGUCUUUGGCAGUUUUGUUGGUAGUUUACAAAAUCUAAUUUCCAAUCAAGAAGAAGUGGAGAAGGAAACACCUUCCAGAACAUUUGCAUUCAACUGGUUCUAAUUGAAAAACAGUAAAUAUUGUAAUUUCUGU